GAGUCGCUUGUCUCUCGGACCCGGCGCCAGUCCCUGUGGGAAAGGAGCCUGAGGCAGCCUGAGGUGAGGUGAAGCACUUACAGAGCGCGGGAGCCAAGCUGAUGAGAAAGAAAAGGGAAUUCGUCCCGGACGUUCUAGGUGGGUUUUCCUACGACCAUCUUAAAGUCCCUGGUGGAAAGAGAGCUUUGAUUCUGAUCCCUGUGCCAUCACAAUCAAAGGGCUUCAUCUCUGAACAUGAAUAAAUGGAUGCCCAUUGCCAAGGAGUACGACCCGCUCAAAGCUGGCAGCAUCGAUGGCACCGACGAAGAACCCCACGACCGGGCAGUCUGGAGGGCGAUGCUGGCCCGUUAUGUCCCCAACAAAGGUGUCACAGGAGAUCCCAUGCUCACCCUGUUUGUGGCCAGACUCAACUUGCAAACCAAAGAGGAGAAACUAAAGGAAGUGUUUUCCCGAUACGGUGACAUCCGGCGGCUCCGGCUGGUCAGGGACUUGGUCACCGGCUUUUCCAAGGGCUAUGCCUUCAUCGAAUACAAGGAGGAGCGAUCUCUGUUGAAUGCUUACAGAGAUGCAGACGGUCUGGUCAUUGACCAGCAUGAGAUAUUUGUGGACUACGAGCUGGAAAGGACCCUCAAAGGGUGGAUUCCCCGGCGGCUCGGAGGAGGGCUUGGCGGAAAAAAGGAAUCCGGGCAGCUGAGGUUUGGGGGACGGGACCGGCCUUUUCGAAAACCUAUCAAUCUGCCUGUUGUUAAGAACGACCUAUACCGAGAGGGGAAACGGGAAAGGAGGGAACGAUCACAGUCCCGGGAACGACAUUGGGACUCCAGGCCAAGGGACCAUGACAGGGGCCGGGAGAAGCGGUGGCAGGAGAGAGAGGCAGCCAGGGCUUGGCCUGAAAAUGACUGGGAGCGAGAGAGGGAGUUUCGAGAGGACAGGCCCAAGGGCAGGGAGAAGAGGGACAGAAGCAAAUGGAGGCCCAGCAGCAAAACGGAUGAAGACAAAGCCUAGUCAUAGUGACCUCAAGGUCUGCACUCAACUUGCCAGCCUUGUGUUUGAUUAUACGGUACUGUCGAGGACGGGGCUCAGAGCAGAUCGUCGUGGCAGUCUGGAACCCAGGUUCUAGGUGCACACACUGAUGUGACGGGUUUAUCCUCUCAGUUCUGUGUGUCCCCCGUGACUGCCAGAACAAGGACCACACACCAGGGUUUAACAAGGGGUUUAACCCGCCUUGCCCCUCCCUCCACUCCUGGUGGCUCUGGGAACUCCUUGGCAGCCUGUUGUCACAUGGCCACCUUUUUUCUGUUAGUUUGGUCUGUUUUUCUUUUAUUGUAGCUUGGGUGGCAGUCUACUCAAUAAAUUAGUAUCCUAUUCAA